UUCGAACUGAGUUUCGUUACUCCAAGAACAAUGAUGAAAAUAGUCGCUCUAAUUCUGUGUCUGUCCACGACUUGGACCUAUGCAGUCCACACACAAUCCAGAGCCACAGGUGGACGAAUAAUUGGUGGUACCACCGCCAAUGCUGGUCAGUACCCAUACAUCGUAGCUAUUUACAAGAGUACCACCACUGGUCAAUACUUCUGUGCUGGAACACUCAUUUAUAACCAGUGGGUCUUAACAGCCGGUCAAUGCGUUGCUGAUGGAGUGCUUUUCGACAUCCGCUUAGGGUCAAAUCGUUUGAAUGACGCUAGUGCUGUGAGAGUGGCUACAGACGAGUAUUACUUGCACCCCGACUACAAUCCUGAUACUUUGGAGAAUGAUAUUGGUCUUAUCAAGUUCCGGGAGCCUGUUGAAUUUACUGAUUAUGUAAAACCGGUAAGUUUUCUUUCCUUGGCAAAUCUUACAGGGUCCGCGCUUGUGGUAGUUGCAGGAUGGGGACAAACCAGCGAUGAGGACGCUGGAUUAAGCACUGAUCUGAACACUGUUCCUUUGGUGACUCUCAGCAACGAAGAAUGCAGACUUACGUUUGGAAAUCAAAUCACCGACAACAUGCUUUGUGCUAGUGGGAACUACAACGAAGGUACUUGUACGGGUGAUAUUGGCGGACCACUUGUCCAAACUGGUAUUAUUUUGCAAUACCAUGUAGGCAUUGCAAGUUUCAUAAGUGGAAGAGGAUGCGAAAGUACAGAUCCUUCAGGUUUUACAAGGACAGCACCUUAUGUACCAUGGAUCCGAAAUGUUACUGGUCUCACCUAUUAACACCAAGUAGAUAAUUAAUCAGUAAUUCACUUAGGAAAAAUCCAAAUCAAGUGUAAUAUUUUUUAUAUCCCAUACUUUGAUCACAAGGUACUACUAGAUAGAUCAUAUUGAGUGUAGCACUUUGAUUCUAAAUCUCUGUUUAUUUUCGCUCCAGAAUGUAUUGUAAAAAAGAAUAUAACUGUUUUCGUAAA